AUGAGUGAUUAAAUUUUUGAGUAUUUAUUAGAACGAAAAUUAGGAUUCGGUAAGCAUUAAUUAAGAUAAUUCUUCAUCAUAAGUUUUAUCGACUUUCUUGAUGGUGCCGAGUUUCUUUUUUUAUCAUUACUUACACCAACAUUAAAAUAGGAAUGGAAUUUAUCAAUAGUUGAACUUUCUAUAUUUGGUGGCUCAUUUAACUUAGGCUUAAUGAUAGGAUCAACAAUAUGUGGGUUCUUGGCAGAUAAAAUAGGAAGGAAACGUAUUUUAAUAAUAGGAACAGUUUUGCAAACUGGAGUCGUUUUUCUUACAGUAUUUGCUUAAAACAUACUUCAAAUGAUCCUGCUUCGACUUACAUAUGGAACUGUCAUAGGAAUGAAUCUUCCUAUUAGUUCAAUAUUAAUGAUUGAAGUGACUCCAAAACUUCAUCGAGGUAAGAUUAUAGUGGCACUAUAAAUAAUGAUAUUGUUGGGACGAUGUUGGAUAAUGAUAUUGGGAUAUAUUUUUAUGGAAGGUAUUUCAAAGGGCAACUGGAGAGCCAUCUCUUUAUGUAAUAGUAUGCCAUGUUUGUUUUGUCUAAUUGGUACAAUCUUUUGGAUUUAAGAAUCCCCAAGAUUUUUGAUUUUACACUAAGAAAUACAAAAAGGAAUUGAUAAUCUAAAUAAUAUCGGAUAAUUUAAUAAUUCAGAUUAUGAGAUGUUGACUGAUAAUGAAAUUUUGAGUUUAAAAGAGUGGGCAUCAGAGUAACAUUUACACCACCAAUAAGAAAAUAAUUCUAUUAAGCAACUGUUUAAUUCAGAAAAUCUUCCGAUUACUUGGAGGAAUUAUUUGAUAUUUUUCUUGUUUAUGUUCACAAUGUUGGCUAUCUUUAACAUAUUGCCAUUUAUUUUGGAUGAUGAAAACAAGUCUUUGUUACAUUUAUACAUCGUCGACAUAGGUGAGAUCCCAGCUAUAUUUUUAAUGUUAUAUAGUAUAGAUACAUUUGGUCGAUUAUCCACCUUAUUAUUAUCUACAACACUGCUCAUUAUAAUUCUAUUUUCGAUUUGGGUUUGGAAAUUUUAAAUUAUCAUUAUGGGACUCAUCAUCUUCAAAUUCUGUUGCAAGAUAAAUUGGGGAACAUUAAAUGUAUUAUUUGCUGAAUCCUAUCAUACUCUAUACCGAUCAUUAGGAGUUGGAACAACAAUGGCCAUGGGUAGAAUAGCAGGAUCUCUUGCACCAUUUGUCGUCUUCCCAAUCUACUUCAAUAAUAAUUAUUUGCCAUUCUUAAUAUGCGGCGUAUGCAGUUUUUUCAUGCUAAUUCUAUUAAUAUCUUAUCCUAUUGACUUAACUAAAAAGCCCUUAGAUUAGUUAAAAAAGUAAUGA